UUAGUUCAUCAAAGCUCGGAACUGUUGUAUUUUGGAUUAUUUUGUGCAAUUUUUUUUAUUAUUCUGCAUACUCUUCGUCAAAUUAACAGUUUAGCAUAAAAUUGUUUGGUGAUUUAAUAUUGAAUUCCGUGAUCGCAAUGGAUAGCUUUACGGAUAAUCACACAGUCGAUUUGUACAUUUACGACCUUACUCAGGGAAUGGCACGAGUAAUGUCACAAAUGCUUUUGGGUCGUGUACUGGAUGGAGUUUGGCAUACAGCUGUGGUUGUUUACGGACGCGAGUACUUUUUCGGUUCACAAGGCAUUCAAAGUUGUCCGCCGGGAGGAACGGUGUUAGGUCAGCCAUUAAAAAUAGAGAAAAUUGGCGAAACGUUUAUUCCAUAUCAAGUGUUCAAAGACUAUAUAAGAGGAUUGGCGGAGAGCACAUUUCGAGGAUCCAAUUACAGUCUCCUGAAGCAUAAUUGCAAUUCGUUCAGCGAGGAUUUGUGUCAGUUCUUGUGCGGAACAAGUAUCCCAAAAUAUAUCUUAGAUCUACCACAAGAAUUUUUGUCCACGCCGCUCGGCCAAACAUUGGGACCAUUGAUUGAUCGCAUUGGUGCAUCGAGUGACAAUAAUUUUUCGUUUGAACCGCAAAUAUCAGCUCGUGAGACCAGUCCCGGUUUUGACGAAUUAAACAGUCAAAUUGAGGAGGCCCGAUUACAAUCAUUAGCGCUCGAAGAGAAGCGAAAAGUGACCAGAGACAAAUUAGCCAAAAAGGAAAAGAAAAAAGAUAAAAAGAAGAAAAAGUCGGAAACGAACGGUACAACUAUAUCAUCGGACAGCGAAUACAAUUCAAAUAGCAAUAUGUCGGAAGUUGCCGAAGCUGGUGCUACUAAUGGCACUUCAACCAUCAUACCAUCGGAAAUGCUACCGUCCGAAAGAGUAUUAGAAGACGAGGCCAAGGAACGUCAAGUGGAAGAAGAACGACGAAAGAAUCGUGAGCCACCGGUUGUGUUCACAAACAUUGAUCCAAAGGUGGAACUCGAGGCGUUAGUGAAGUUGGUGGAUGGACAGUUGAGCAAAGAUGAAGAAACGUCAAUAGAAGAACUGCAUCAAUAUUUGAUUGAAGGCGAAGGUUCGUGGGCUCUUGGCGACAAUUUCCUCAUAUUUGUUGGACGAAUUCUACAAGACCCGAACAUUUCGACCGAGACCAGAGUUCAUUUACUCCGAGCACUAGCCUUUGCUGCGCUCAAAGACGAUAUAAUUUUGCUACUUCAUCAGGACCGCAGAGAUCACGUUUUAAUGAAUUAUGCUCAAGACAUAGACAGGCGUGCACCCGAAGAACAACAAGCUAUGGCUCUAUUUAUGUGCAAUUUAUUCGAGAAUGUCAGUUCGUCUGAGUGGCUCUUAUACAUAUCGGAAUGGAGUUACAACAAUCAACAAACAUCAAAUAUACGAGCAACAACCAAAUUGUCAGUACAUUGUCUAUUAGCUACAUGUCCGACUCUUCAGGAAGUUGGCUCCGCCAUUAUUCACAAUUUGGCCUGCAAGGAGAAACUACAUCAUGCCAAAAAGCUUCGCCAUAUGUUACCAAAAGGAAAAGUUUCGAAGGUGUUUGACGAUGUGGCCAUUGAAUUGACAAUGGCUCUGUUACAGUUUUUCAAUGCAAAGCCAUCGGAAGAACAUUUAUACCGUACGUUAAAAGCGCUUGGUAAAUUCGUUACGGUAUCACCUGAUAUCCCACAAUUGGUACAAAUGAUUGGUCCUCAUCCAAAUACAUUUAAAGGAACAAGUCCUAGAGUCGAUGAACUUAUUGAGGAAAUUUCGAAGAAGGUCCGCUAACCGUUUGCAGAAAUUGAUAUUAACACGAAAAAUGCAAUUUUCUUUUGCAAAUUUAUUAUCGUCUAAAGUAACAAAAAAAAAUGGAAUAAACACGACACGAAUUUUUCUCCAAAUUCUUUUCUUUAAUU